AUGGGUGCACGAGUAGCAGGUGCGGAGCUGGGAGGGGUGGGGAAGGAGUGGGCGGAGGGAGAGGCGGCGGAAGACGCCUCUCCCUCGGUGAACAGUGCAGCCACCUGUGGGGUCCGAGUCCGUGCAAUGCAGUGGGGCAGACGUGGGUGCUGGAGACGCGGUGACGGGGAAAGGGAUGGUGAUGGGGAUGGGGAUGGAGAAGGGGAUGGGGAUGUUGAAGCGAAAGACGAUGGGGAGAGGGGAGGGGAUGGGACAGGGGAUGGGACAGGGGACGGGUCAGAAGAUGGGAAUUGGGAUGGGACGGGGGAUGGGAAUGGGGAUGGGAAUGUGGAUGGGAAUGGGGAUGGGGAUGGGAAUGGGGAUGGGAAUGGGGAUGGGGAUGGGAAUGGGGAUGGGAAUGGGGAAGGGAAUGGGGAUGGGGAUGGGAAUGGGAAUGGGGAUGGGAAUGGAAAUGAGAAUGGGGAUGGGAAUUGGGAUGGGAAUGGGAAUGGGGAUGGGAAUGGGGAUGGGAAUGGGAAUGGGGAUGGGAAUGGGGAUGGGAAUGGGAAUGGGGAUGGGAAUGGGGAUGGGAAUGGGAAUGGGGAUGGGAAUGGGGAUGGGAAUGGGGAUGGGAAUGGGAAUGGGGGACACUGA